UUCAAUCAGGCCGACGGCGCUUGCGCCGUACCGAGGGUCUUGCUGAUCCUGCGCGGAGUAAAUACCUGAGGUCAUCUGAUGCUGGAACCCAGUGAGGUCCUCAGGGUGUUUUUAGACGAAGACGGAGGAACCCGGUGGAGGAAGGAAAGAAGUGCCACCUGAAAGAAGAGGAGGCUCCGCAGAGCAGCCCUGCCUGGUCCCAACACGGCUUCCCCAAGAGGCUUCCCCAAGAGACCUCGGGGAAAGGCCUGGACCUCCAGGGCUGCAGGAGGGAUGAGCCAACAGGGACCCUGGGAAAGGAGGCUGCCUGGAGGGAGCUGUGGGGAGAAAGAAAUGGGUGGAGACCCUGAGGCAGGCCUGGAGGGCCGAGGGUCCUUUGUAACAGGUGGAAGACCCAGGAGUCCCCAAAGGAUCCAGGAAGGAGAGAAAUUGCACAAAUGCCUGGAAUGUGGAAAGCAUUUCAAUUGGAAAGGAAAGCUUUAUGCACAUCAAAGAAUCCACUUACAAGAGAAAUCUAAAUACCCGGAAUGUGAGAAAUCCUUCAAAACAAAUGAAAACCUCAAAGACCAUCUGAGAAUCCACUCGGGAGAGAAACCUCAUCAAUGCCUGGAGUGUGGAAAGAGCUUCAGUCAUAGGAGCAGCCUUUAUAAACAUCAAAGGAUCCACUCAGGAGAAAAACCUCAUCAAUGCCUGGAGUGUGGAAGGCGCUUCGAUCAGAGGGGAAACCUUUAUAGACAUCAAAGGAUCCACAUGGGAGAGAAACCUCAUCAAUGCCUGGAGUGUGGAAAGAGCUUCAGUCAAAAGAGCAGCCUUUAUAACCAUCAACGGAUCCACACAGGAGAAAAACCUUUUAAGUGCCUGAAGUGUGGAAAGAGCUUCAAUCGGAGAGGACACCUUUACAAGCAUGAAAGAAUCUGCUUGCAGGAGAAAUUUAAAUGCCCGGAAUGUGAGAAAUCCUUCAAAACAAAUGAAAACCUCAAAGACCAUCUAAGAAUCCACAUGGGAGAGAAACCUCAUAAAUGCAUGGAGUGUGGAAAGAGCUUCAGUUUUUUGGGAAACUUUUACAGACACCAAAGGAUCCAUUCAGGAGAAAAACCCUAUAAAUGCACGGAGUGCGGAGAGAGAUUCUUUAGGAGGGAAGGCCUUAAUUCACACCAAAAAAUCCAUUCGGGAGAGAAACCACAUAAAUGCCUGGAGUGUGGAAAGUUCUUCAGUUGGCUGGCAAACCUUUAUACCCAUCUAAGAAUCCAUUCAGGAGGAAAAGUGGACAAAUGCCCGGAGUGUGGGAAGUGCUUCAGUCAGAAGAGCAACCUUCUUAGACAUCAACUCAUCCAUUCAGGAGAAAAACCCUAUAAAUGCCUUGAAUGCGGGAAGAGUUUUACUGACAGUGGAAACCUCCGGAGACAUCAACGGAUCCAUACAGGAGAAAAACCGUAUCAGUGCUUGGCGUGUGGAAAGGGUUACUAUGACAGCGGAAGCCUUUAUAGACAUCAAGUAGUUCACUUGGGAGGAAAACCCUUUGAAUGUCUGCAGUGUGGAAAGAGCUUCACUAGAAUUGAAAAUCUGAAAAAACAUCAGAAGGAUACGUGCAAGGUAAAAACCGUGUUAAUUUCAUGAAUGUGAAAAGAGCUUGCUUAAAAAUGAAAAUCUGAAAAUACACCAAAGAAUGCACAUGAGCUAAAACCCUAUGAACCCUUGGAGAGUGGGUUGAGAGCUCUGCGGAGGGUAGCUGCCUCCAUCAGCAUCAAAGAAAACUGCAAACAUGCCUGGAAUGUAUUUGAAACAGCUUCAGUAAUGUGUAAUAAAAGAGGAAGAAAAGUGAAUAGCAGAAAAGAAAUUAAAAUAGUUGUAGAAAUUUGAUGCAAGAAGUAAAUUAGAAGAAAUAUAUAGAUUAUUGUAAAAGGGAAGCAAGAAAGGUUGAAAUGAAGUGUAUGUAAGAAGCAAAAAAGAAAAAUAUGCUGUUUAAUGUAAAAUGGAGAGACAGAUGAAAUGUGAAAGAUAUAAUAGGAUAUAUGUUUUACUGUCUGAGGAUGCAUGGAAUUGGAGAGAAUUAUAGUGGAUGGUAAAGAAAUAUAUUUUAAAUGUAGAAAAGAACAAAGAAAUUAAUUGAAAUCAAGAUAUAAAACUGUAAAAAAGGAAGAAGUAUACUGUUUAAGAAAAAUAGUCCAGGCAAAAGAAGAUGUGGUUUAUAUAAAUGAGCAUGGAUAUAUUAAGACAUGGUUAAAAUAUGGAAAAAGAAUAUUUUGGCAGAAAUUGUAACUAAGUAAAAUGUAUUUGGAUAUGUUAAGUUGUAUAAAUGUAUUUGGAUAUGUUAAGUUGUAUAUAAUAUGGUCAAUACUCUGUUCAUAAACUGUGUGAGGUG